AUGUUUUUACAGGACAAUCGAUCAAGACGAUCAGCAGCAGAUACCUCAGUAAAUAAUGCAGAACGUCCAACACACAAUUCACAACAACGACCCAGUGGUGGAGGGGGUGAUGGGGGAGAGGAAGAAGAAGAAGAAUCGUUUAUGUAUGGAGCUAAUAGUGUUAUUAUGUUAUUUGUACCUGUUACACUAUGUAUGGCUGUAGUAGUAGCUACUAUUAGUUCAGUCACAUUUUAUACAGAGAAAACUGAUGGUUAUCUUAUUUACACUCCAUUUCAUGAUAAAACAGAUGAUACUGGAACUAAACUCUGGCAGUCAUUUGCUAAUGCCUUUAUAUUAUUGGGUGUUAUCUGUGUUCUCACCAUUUUCCUACUGUUACUCUAUAAAUUUAGAUGUUAUAAGGUAAUCCAUGGUUGGCUGAUUGUAUCAUCUUUAAUGUUAUUGUUUUUGUUUUCGUACAUCUAUCUUGGUGAAGUAUUGAGAGCCUAUAAUGUACCAAUGGAUUAUGUAACAGUUAUUAUACUAAUGUGGAACUUUGGUGUAGUGGGUAUGGUGUGUAUACAUUGGAAAGGGCCAUUAUUACUACAACAGGCCUAUCUGAUUAUGAUCAGUGCCCUGAUGGCUCUAAUAUUUAUUAAAUAUUUACCAGAUUGGACAACCUGGGUAGUACUUGGUGUAAUGGUAGUUUGGGAUUUGGUGGCUGUAUUGUGUCCUAAAGGUCCAUUAAGAGUUUUAGUAGAAACAGCACAAGAAAGAAAUGAACCAAUUUUUCCUGCUUUAAUUUAUUCCUGUAAAUGCAAUACUCGUUAUUCAAGUCCCAUGACUGCUAGUACAGAGUCCACUAGAGCCAGGAAUGCUGUUCAAGCAUUGAAUACUACCAAUAAUUACCAAACUAUAGCAGAUCCUGAUAGACCUCCUGGUACUGCCACUCCGAAUCAACGAUCUAGUACCAACUCACAACCUCAAACACAAGAUGAAGAAGAACGUGGUGUUAAGCUAGGUUUAGGUGACUUUAUAUUUUAUGGUGUUUUAGUGGGUAAAGCAUCUUCCUAUGGUGACUGGAAUACAACAUUGGCUUGUUUUGUGGCUAUAUUGAUUGGGUUGUGUUUCACACUGUUACUUCUGGCAAUAUUUAAAAAAGCAUUACCAGCUUUACCUAUCUCUAUAACAUUUGGUUUAGUCUUUAACUUUGCUACAAGUUCAUUGGUACAACCAUUUAUGGACAGUUUAGCUGCUGAACAGGUGUAUCUUUAA